AAACGUUUCGCCUGAAUUUAAGGACUUUAAGUUUUGGGAAGUUGUACAGACUCUUUGAGACGGCAGUGGAAACUUCGAAAACAUUAGAAAAAAAGUUCUCCUUAGCCACUUUCUAAGUCCCGUCAAGGCUGGAUUUGCGUGGACGAUCCUGUUUAACGGACCUAUUUCCAAACCCCCAGCCACAGUGUUCCCAGAGAGAGACAGUUGGGCUAGUGCCUGAACUUCCUGACAAAGGGUAGAGUACAGACCACGGAAAUCCAGAAGCAUGAAGGUCGCUGUACUGAUCGCUGUGCUCAUUGCUGCGCUCACAAGUCCAGUACUGCCCUGUGAGCUUAAGAAGGUGACGGAUGAGAACCACAUAAAAGUGACUCAGUCUUGGGUCUCCCAGGGCUGCUGGAGUGAGAACAUCAGUAAAGGAAGAGAAAUCCACUUCAUUAACCUGAAUUUGGACAAGAUCGACUGGAUUACAAUGGACCUGAAGAAUACGGUUCCUGCAGACAUCAUCCUGAACAGCAACAAAAAUGUCUCUUUGAUUUUAUUAAACAAGAAUAUUAAUGCAAAAUUCUACUUGAUAAGGUCGGAGUCCUGGAUCACAAUUACUGAACCAAAUAACAGGGUGGACUUGAAUCUUACCUCAGCCAUUCAGUCAAAUAGCAGUAGUCUUUUAGGCUGGGCAAAGAACCAGUUUGGCGCAGUGACAUCCUUCACUGAGCUAAUAGACCCCCAGACCAUCACCUUCAAUGCAGGGCGAGGCCAUUCUCAAGAUUGUGAACUGCAGACAGACUUUACCCAAGGGAAGUACCUGGAAUACCAGCCUGUAAUAAGCACGGUGGAAGUGAAAUUUUGCAGGAUCCCAAUGCCAUCAGAGGUGAAAGAGGAAGUACACAUUAUUAGGCAUCUGCCCGUGGACACCAUGAUACCAAGAUUAAUCGAAGUGAAUUUCACCCCUCAUAAUCCUGCAACUCUAAUUCUGCAAGGUCCUGACAAUACAACAUGGAAAAUCGUAUCUCACGUUGUUUGUAAAUUCAAGUCUAACAACACAGUAAUUGCAAUGGGUUUUGAAUUUGUGCCCGGAUUUCCCAAAUUCCCAGCCUCAUAUGAGGGUCUCCUGAAAUUUGCAGAGGCAGACAACAAUACUGCUCCUGCUUCCUACACAGAGAUAUCAACAGACUCAAAAAGGCUAAAAUUGUAUAUGAACAUUACAACCGAUACAGACCCCCAGCUAUCCAGCACAAGUGUGCAGACCACCACCAGUCCAGGCAAACUGGAGACGACAAUGCACCUUUACCUUUCCCCGGACUACAGGAGCCCAUCGGAGGGGGUUGUGGAAGUGCAGAGCAACAAAACAGUAUACGCAGAGGUCUCAACCAGCCUUUCAAUGGAGGGUGCUCAACUGGAUAUCGAGAACUGCUCUCUCCACGCAAGAGCACUCGGGACAGAGGUAAAAAGCUUGGAUAUUAAGAAGGAGACCUGCAACCCCAAGACGUGCUCCCGCAGGAGGUUCAGCUUCACCUUAAAACCUGUCCAGGAGCACCACAGCCAGCGCUGGGACCUCCAGUGCUUCACUGCUGUCUCCGUUGUGUCUCACCUGAUUUCAAGAGAAAGAGUAGAGAGAGGCCUGAAAAUCAUCAAAGCGAUUUCUCCCUUGCCACCCAGGGAAUUCCAUGGCCUGGAACUGGGAGCAGUGCUGGGAAUCGCCUUUGCAUCCUUCCUCAUCGGAGCCUGCCUGACUGGGGCUCUGUGGUUCAUCCACACACACACUGGUUCUACAGUGAAGCGGCAGCCAGUGCCCACCAUACCCCCUGCGUCUGAGAACAGCAGCGCAAACCACAGUAUCGGGAGCACCCAGAGCACCCCCUGCUCCAGCAGCAGCAUGGCAUAGGGAGCCCGUCCUCUCCCCUGCCUGGCAUAGGGAGCCCGUCCUCUCCCCCUACCUGGCAUAGGGAGCCCAUCCUGUCCCCCUACCUGGCAUAGAGAACCCAUCCUGUCCCCCUACCUGGCACAAGGAGCCCGUCCUCUCACCUUCCUGGCAUAGGGAGCUCGUCCUCUCCCCUGCCUGGCAUAGGGAGCCCGACUUCUCCCCCUACCUGGCACAGGGUGCCUGUCCUCUCAUCUUCCUGGCAUAGGGAGCCCGUCCUGUCCCCUGAUUGGCAUAGGGAGCCCGUCCUCUCCCCUGCUUGGCAUAGGGAGCUCGUCUUCUCCCCUGCCUGGCAUAGAGAGCCCGUCCUCUCCCCUGCCUGGCAUAGAGAGCCCGUCCUCUCCCCCUACCUGGCAUAGGGAGCCCAUCUUGUCCCCCUACCUGGCACAAGGAGCCCAUCCUCUCCCCUGCCUGGCACAGGGAGCCCGUCCUCUCACCUUCCUGGCAUAGGGAGCCCAUCCUCUUCCCUGCCUGGCACAGGGAGCCCGUCCUCUCACCUUCCUGGCAUAGGGAGCUCGUCCUCUCCCCUGCCUGGCAUAGGGAGCCCGACCUCUUCCCCUACCUGGCACAGGGAGCUUGUCCUCUCACCUUCCUGGCAUAGGGAGCCCGUCCUCUCCCCUGUCUGGCAUAGGGAGCCCGUCCUCUCCCCUGCCUGGCAUAGGAAGCCCAUCUUCUCCUCUCCUUCCCGGACACCCGUACACCGCUGCAAGCCACGGGGCAGGGGGACCUUCCACGUGCCCUACUGGACACAAGACCUUGUUCGAUGGAGCAACUUACGGAAACCAAUAUAGGAAACACAAAGCCCGUCUCUCAGAAGCCAACAGCAAAUACAACUUUAAAAGCAGCUUAAAAAGCUAAACCAAUUAUAAACGACUUUCCUCCUUGAGGGGAAUGACAAAAACAGCAGCACUUCUGAAACAGCAAUAACCUUAUUGAACCUUGUUACCAGCAACAGACCGCAGAAGAACUAGACAUUUGCAAACAUUCAUAUACUAUGCACAUAAAAAACAGCCUUGAUCCUACAGAGUCUUUUAUAAUAAAGGACGUAAUCAUGAAUACAGGCAGGUUUAGUAGCUAUAUCAGGACACUUGAAAAUCCCAGAGAAAUGAACGUGGUUCAUUUGAUCAGCCUUCACACAGCUUGAAGCUCCAUGUUGAGCUCACAUGUUUAGAAGGAUCUCUUUGAAUAUAAUGGGAGUCAGGAGCAAGGAUAUCCAGUGUGAUAUUGCAAUUCUCCCACUACGAGUCAGCAGGUAAGGCCUGGCUUUUGGCUUGACCCUUACAAUCGGGGGGGGGGGGGGGGGGGGGGGGGUGUCAACGCAGCAACAGUAGCUUAAAGAGAGUUUUGAGAUCAUCUAAAUGUUUCUAUGUUUCAUUUCGCACCAGUGUAAUGCCCCACUGUGUGUAUUCUGCAUGGUAUGCCUGUUUUGUUGUUUAGCUUAUUUUUUGUCAUUGCUUCUGAAAAGACUCCUCAGGGUUGAUUGCUGGCACUUAAGGAGGGGAGGCAUAUUAGUCCUGUGCUGUGGACUGCACCCUGUGCAACACUGAUAUGCUUCACCAUCUCAUUUGCCUGCAAUCAAAGCAUUGUUUUGCUGAUAAGCAUGGUAAAUAAUAAUCUCAGCAGAAACAACAGAGAAUCAUACAGAACACGCAUUAUAGGAUAUAAAGUGUGGAGAAAUGUAGAUUAUAUGAAGUACCUUUCAGGGCCCAGCAGAGAAUCUGUAGCUUUGUUUCCACUGCCCAGACCCCUCUCAUUGAGCACUAUGCCUGUGACUGGCCCCCAUUCCCUUCUCAAGGAGCUUCAUUCAGGGCUCAGUAUUGUAAGAUGGAGUGUGAGCGGGAUCUGGGCAUGGAAACACAGCUUUCAAGUCCUGACAGUGAGACAAGGGCACAAGCAGUCUUGGGCAGCAUGCAUGUGCCUCUUCAAACAAUGUAAUGCUGUGCACAGCUCUGCUCACUGCUUCCUAACUACCUAAUCCCUGCUGCACUACAGUGUUUCUUCAGAGGCAGACCGUAAAAAAUAAAGUACCAAUAUAAAAAAAAAAAAAUUAAUAUGGCUGCCACGUUAUUCUUAAAUUAGGCCUCGACUAAGUACUGUACAUAUUGUUGAAAAACUACCUAACAGUUAUUCUUUAUGCUAAAUAAAGUAGCUAUAUUUUAUGUGAUGUUUUUAAUUUGUUUAAUGUUGUGAUGGGUCAGCUUUUUAAAAAUGUUGUGAAACUAAAGGGAAAUAACACCAUUUACUGCAAUUACAUGAACUCACCUUCUGGGGGCACUACUGAUUAUUAUCCAGUAGCAGUAACUUAUUUGUUAUAAUGUGACUGUUUGUUUUUGCAAAACCAAGUUUGAGUUAGUGCAAUAUGUAAUUUCAUGCUCUCAGAAGAAAGGCAGCUUUGUGUUCUCUAUGCAGUGGCAUUUCCAGUGACCGUUCAUGUUGAAUGUUAUUCUGUCCUGUCUCAUUGUAAUAUAUCUGCAGUGUGGCCCAGUGCUUGUGGUGUUGUGCCUAAUCUCACACUGCCCAAUUCAAAGUCCCCAUGCAUCAAACUGAGAAGAAUUGCAAUAUGGUAUAGUGUACAUCAGUGCCAUUGCCAUCAUGAAAAGGACAGCCCUACAUCCAGGGUUACAGUAUAGUGUUCUGUACGUCCAAAAUGCAACACACUUCCAUGUGGGUACAAGCCUCCAUAGAUGCCCAGAUUCAGUUUCUUGUCAAUAAUGGCCUGUGCACAUUUAAAUUCAAUUCACCCGUCAGUGAUUGGCUUGCCUAAUUGUACCCAGGGAUUUCUGAAAUUAUUUUUAAAAAUGUAUUUAACAAAAUCCGGCAGAACAUUUGCACAUAAUAUAAUAUAUUUGGCUCCCUGUAAUUUUUUGAUACGUUAAAACAAAGUGAACUACAAAGCUGGGCCAACACCCACGCUCACUGGCCAUUACUCUCACCUGUAAAACAGCCACAAAACAUGUUCAGUUUGCUUGAGCAGAUCGCUCCAAAGUAGAACCUGCAAACUGUAAAACACACACAACAACUUUCUUAUCACGGAUCUAUGGACCCAGCUACACAGAGAAAUCACUAUUGUGCUACACGCACCCACAACACUGGGCCAGGACUCCUUUGAUCCCAUACCCCCAGUGAGCUCUGAAGACACUCCUCCAGUUUGGAUGCCAGUGUAUUUCAGAUAAAGGGGUUGUUCUGUACUUGACACUGUAGCCUGUGUCACUCUUGCAUGUUUCAGAAAGUGCUUUGUCCCCCCCCAUCCUGAGUGAAGCCUCAUAAGUUGGCCCAGUUAAAAUGUAUGUGUAUUGUUAAACCAUCUUAAAUAUAUUGUAAUUGUGUACUGACAUUCAUAAAGAAACAUAACUAAUAAAAAUCGCUAGUGAGCUUG